AAGGACCCACACUUGGCUCACAUGACCGUCCGUCCUUCAAGGUGAUGGCAACACACAGUGUCAUCUCCAGAGAGGACCUCAUUUGUCCUCAGUGUACGGACAUCUACUGCUUCCCCGUUCUCCUCCAGUGUGGACAUAACAUUUGCAAAGUUUGUCUGCAGAAGUUCUGGGAAUGGAAAGGAUGUCAAGAGUGUCCAGUGUGUCGGGUCGUGUCCAUUCCCAAAAGGCCUCCUAUCAAUUUGGUUCUGAAGAUAGCAGCCGACCACUACCACCUGGAGAAGAUGAGUGCGGACCGUUGCCACCUUCACGAGGAGAAGCUCAGUAUUUUUUGUCAGAACGACGAGAAGCCCAUUUGUCUAGUGUGCCAAAUGUCCAAACAGCAUAAAAUCCACGAGUGCUGUCCGCUGGAUGAGGCUGCCAAGCAGAAGAAGGAAGACGUUGCAGGCAGGAUGGAGUCUCUGAAGAAAAAGCUGCAGACUCUGAACAAGACGAGGGAGACCUGGGAAAAGACCAGGACAUUUAUACAGAGACAAGCGGAUGAAAACAACAGAGCCAUCAGGGAGGAAUUCCAGAAGUUGCACAAGUUCCUGAUUGUGGAAGAAGACUCCAGACUUCAGGUGCUCGCGCAGGAAGUGGACGUGAAGGUCAAAGUGAUGAGCCUCAAGCUGGAUUCCAUUGAGAAGCAGAUCAAGAGCCUCGACUCAGUCAUCAGUGACACCGAGACGAGACUGAGGGGAGCCGACUUAUCCUUCUUGCUGGACUACAAAGACACCAAGAAGAAGCUCAAAUGCAAUAUUGGAGAACCGGAAAUAAUCAGAGACAUCCUGAUCAACUCUGGCACACAUCAGGCGUCUCUCAAAUUUCACGUUUGGAAGAAGAUGGAGCGUCUUGUCAAAUAUGUUCCCAUCACGUUGGAUCCAAACACGGCCCACGCCAACUUGCAGCUGUCUGAGGAGCUGAGCUGCGUUCAGUACACCAGUCAGCGGACGCUCCCGGACAACCCGGAACGCUGCACGGGUGGCGUGUGCGUGCUGGGAGCGGGCGGGUUCGUGUCCGGGAAACACCACUGGACUGUGGACGUGAGUCAGGGUAAAGACUGGUACAUCGGGGUGGUCCGGGAAUCCAUCCAAAGGAAGGCGGCCAUGUCCCUCAAGCCCUCCGAAGGGGUCUGGAUCAUUGGGGGGAUUAUAGGGGACGUCCUGUGGGCUCAGACUUCGCCUCGUACCAAGCUGGAAUGGAAGCAGAAGCCCGAGAGGAUUACAGUGGAGCUGGACUACGACAAAGGGAAAGUGACGUUCAUCAAUGCUGUCGAUUCAAAGACCAUUUUCACGUUUAAAGACAAGUUCACUGAGAGGAUCUUCCCCUACUUCUCUCCUGGGAUUCAUGACGAGGGAAGCGGCCCUUUCCCCCUCGCCAUCUGUUCUCAGACCAUCACAAUCGCCGUCUCAAACAAGUGAAGACCACAGCUCAACAGCCAUCCAUCUGUCCAUGAAUCCAUCCAUCCAUGCAUCCAUCCACCCACAUAACCACUUACCCAUCCAUCCAUCAUCUAGUCAUCCAUUGAUUUAUCAUCAUUCCUCCACUGAUCACCGAUCCAUCCGAUGCAUCUGUUCACUGAUCCAUCCAUCCAUCUAUUCACCCAUUCAUUAUCCACCCACCCAUCAUGUAUUCAUGCACUGAUCAUCCGUCCAUUGAGCCAUUCAUACAUUUAUAUCCACUGGUCCAACAUCCAUCCAGUCAUCCCUUCAUCCAUCCUUCAUCAUCCAUCAAUCCAUCCAUCAACCAUCAUCUAGUUAGCCACUGAGCUUUCAUCCAUCCAUCUAUUGAUCCAUCUGUCCAUCGAUCCAGCCAUCAUCCACCAAUCCAUCCACACAUUAAUCCAUUGAUCCAUGUUUGAGUCAUCCAAAGACCUAUCAUCCAUCCACAGAUUCAUUCAUUCAUCCACUGUUCCAUCCAUCCAACCAUACUUAGAACCAUCCAUCCGUCCAUCCAUACCGCUUCUCCUCCUCGUGCUGGAGCCUAUCCCAGCAAUCUUCGGGCGAGAAGCGGGGUACACGCUGAACUGGUCGCCAGCCAAUCGCACGGCACGUACAAACAAACGACCAUUCGCACUCACAGUCACACCUCCAGGCAAUUUAGAGUCUUCAAUCAACCUACCAUGCAUGUUUUGGGGAUGUGGGGGGGAAACCGGAGUGCCUGGAGAAAAAAGAGUGUCAGCAUUGUCUGCAGUUCAUUAAGUCACUAUCACAAUGCUGUAAAUCAUGCCAGACUUGUUCCUUGUUCAUCUCUGUUGGCAUGCUUCUGCUUUUUGUUCUUGUCUUGUGAUGUCAACAAUUGAGUCCCGCAGGGGAAAGCAAUAAAAUACAU